AUGCCGAAGGAGAAUAAAAUCAAGAAUGCCUUCAAGCGCGCCGACGUCCACAAAAAGGCAAAGCGAGAGAAGGAGCAGUCCAAGCUCCAGCGUCGCCUUGAGAUCAAGAAGGCGGAGAAGGAUAAAGUGAACGGCGCAGCUCUGAAGGCUGAGAGGCUGGCCAAGAAUAUCCCAAUUACUCUUGACAACACCCGUGUUUUCGACUCGAGCUCAUAUCUCACCGCCAACCCGGCUACAUUGAGAGAGCUGGAAAGAAAAGCCGAGGAGGCAAGCCGAAUCGCGAAUGGGCAAGGGUCAACUGGAGAUCAAGACAACGACAGUGAUUCGGGCAACGAGAGUAUGCCAGAGGCUGGUCCCUCUCGUCACCGACACCCGGAACAGGACCAGGCUGAAGGAGAACAAGGCGGUCAACACGACGGCGACGACGACGCAGACACAAAAAGCGCCGAUGCCACUAACACAAAUGAUCCCUCCGCCCCCCUCCCCCCUCCUCGUAUCCUUAUCACUACUUCAUCAUCUCCUUGCAAGUACACGUAUCAAUUCUGCGAUGAUUUGAAGAACGUCUUUCCAGGUGGCGAGUUUUUCAAGAGACCCAAGGGAAGAGGUUAUGAGAUAGGGAGAGUCGCAAGGUGGGCUGGAAAGCGUGGCUACGGUGCUCUGAUAGUUGUCAACGAGGACCACAAGUCGCCAAACGCUAUCACUUUAAUCAACCUUCCUGCUGGCCCCACAGCUUAUUUCAAGCUGACCAGUGUCAUCCCUACGGCUAAUCUGAUUGGCCAUGCCCGCCCAACACCCCAUUCUCCUGAAUUGAUCCUCAACAACUUUACCACUCUUCUCGGUAACAGCGUUGGUAGAGUGUUUGGGUCUCUGUUCCCACCUCAGCCUCAAUUCCGUGGCCGUCAGGUUGUAACAUUGCAUAAUCAGCGGGACUUUCUCUUCUUCCGUCGUCAUAGAUACAUGUUCUCUUCAGCUACGUCGGCAAAGUUGCAGGAAAUCGGCCCUCGUUUCACGCUGAAGCUCCGUUGGCUGCGCAACGGUUUGCCAGCAGUAACGGCGCCUGACGGACGCGCACCAACAGGAGGCGAUCAUGAGGCAGACCUUGACUCUGACUCUGACGGGGAAGACAUAGACCAAGCGACAAUCAAUAAAAAGGAACAGGAUGACGAAGAUGAGGCCAUGAAGGAGAUCGGACAACCCUCCGCGAAGGCUAGUCAGCAAAAGGGGAUCAAAGUUCCCGCAUUGGACGAGGAGCAAGAGUACGAAUGGAAGUGGAAGCCCAAAAUGGAAGUCUCCCGAAGGACUUUCUUCCUGUGA